AUGAAUUUUAUAAAUACAAGCAGCUUUUUAUCCUUAGCUUCUUAAUCUUGGGGCUUUACUGAUCCUUCAACGCAGUGAUUCUGUAGGCGAGAAUCGUCAUAUCGAUGUACCCUCUGGGGUGAUCAUCUCCUUCUAUUUGGUCUGCCUAUGGGAAACUACCGUUGAACUUUGUAUCACGGCCCGCACUUCAAAAACGUUCAUGAGUGGCACUGCUUCGAUCCAUAUCUGAACGAAGAAGCCGUCACCUGAUAUGUCUAUCUCAUGUUAGGAGUUUAUAGCGUGCAGCUGCCGCAUGCAAGAUCUGCACGGAGAUUCCCUGAUUAUCUAUAAAACCCUUCAGGAUCUAACCCACAUCCCCGCUCCGUCUGUCCCUGAACCAUUCAGUACUGACAAUCAGGUAAGGUCAUGCCCGAUUUCGCUCCGAGAUGCUGGAUAUCAAAAAUGAUAGGCCAUUUUUCAAGUCAUGUCUGAACGAUUUCUUGACCGGUCUAAUGAAACCUGGUGGACCAAUCGAGCUCGCUCUCGUAGUGUGGACCUCUAUCAGUUCGCUGACGAUCUCGAACCAAAAUCUGAGGUGAAGACUGGAGUCGGUAAAAGCUCCUUGAUCAACCUGAUUGCAGGCGAGGAUAUCGCCCCAAUAUCCCCAGACGCCCUUCCCUGCACCACUGAAGAGCAUGCCUACGAGGUCGAAAUACGUGGCCAGAGGUACACUCUGCACGAUACAGUGGGUCUCGGUGGAGGAAGUUAUGGGUCAAUACCAACGGAUGUGGCUCCCGCCAAAAAGCUGAAAUAUUUCUUGACGAAGAUGUCUCAAGAAGAUGGUCUCCAUCUUCUAGUCUACUGUGUGCGUGGGUCAAGGGCCACCAGGGCAGUACGUCACAGUUACGAAACCUUCGCUGCGGCGAUUUCAGGGAUGAAAAUCCCAGUCGUUCUUGCUGUGACAUGCGUCGAUGACCUAUCGGAAGCUGGUGAUUGGUGGCGGAGGAAUGGGAAGACUGUAGAGAGCAUCGGGAUCCGGUUUGAUUCCCAUGCUUGUGUAUGUACGCUUCCCGGAGACUCCUACCGUGAUCGCCGCUACCAGUCAAAAAUCGACGUUUGCGAAAAAAUCUCCGAAUUAUGUGAUCAUGAUGGUGUUCGUUUACGACGCCCACGACGCCAGAGGAGUUUACCUUUUACUAGAUGAGAUUUGGUGUUUGUAGACUUGCUAUAUAUAUAUUUAUAUAUCUCGCUUGCUGUC